AGGUGGAUUUUAUGUUUGGCGGCGUAGCAUCAAAUAUGAACCGAGUAUAGAGCAAAAUGGUGAAUUUACAACCCCCUAAAACACCUUAUCUUCUUCCUUUCCUUUUUCUCCUAAAAAUUUCCCACAUCAAGGGAAAAAUAUAUCGAUCAACCCCAAGUUUUAAAUUAAACAAAAAAGCAUGGCUUCAGAUUUAAAUUCGACAGUUGUGGCAGAAUUAGAGGCUGCUUACCAUUGGAGGACUUCCCAAUUCUUCAUUACUCAAAGACCCUGGCUUGAUCUUUAUGGGGUCAGGAUUAAUCCAGUGGCAGCAUAUGGAAGUGUUAGUAACACGCCUUCUAAUGAUCCUGCACUUAUUCACCGUAUGUUGCCUGACGAGUUGCUUCAUGAGAUCUUUGCAAGAAUGCCUUCUUAUUACUUGGGAAGAGCAUCUUGCGUUUGUCGCAAAUGGAGAUACACCGUCCGUAAUCCUGUAUUUUGGCGCAAUGCAUGCUUGAAAGCUUGGCAGCUUUUUGGAGUGGUGGACAAUUACAAACUUUUGCAUUCAAAAUAUGAAGGGUCAUGGAGGAAGAUGUGGCUCUUGAGACCAAGAGCGCGAACUGAUGGCAUUUAUGUGAGUAGGAAUACUUAUAUACGUGCUGGAAUUGCAGAAUGGAAAGUUUCAAACCCAGUACAUUUGGUGUGCUAUUACAGAUACAUCAAGUUCUAUCCCUCUGGAAGAUUUUUGUACAAGAAUUCUUCUCAGAAACUUAAAGAUGUUGCAAAGUUCAUGAACUUUCGACAAUCUAAAGCAGAGUGUGUAUAUCGUGGACAAUACACAUUGUCUGAUGACAAGGUUGAAGCUGCACUUUUGUACCCAGGCACGAGGCCGACUGUAUUGAGAAUUCGGUUAAGGUUGAGAGGGACAACAGCAGGAGCUAAUAACAGAAUGGAUUUGGUUUCACUUGUCACUAGUGGUGUUAAUGAUAAUGAGGCGAAUAACGAGGAAGACAUGCUUGAUAUUGUUGAAGGAUGGCAAGAUGAUGAGACACACAAUCCUGAUGUGCCUGCUGUCUCGCACACCAGGGGCUUGACUCCUUUCAUCUUUGUUCCAUUUGAAGAGGUGGAAACGUCAGUUCUGAAUCUUCCAGUGGAGAAGAUGGAUUACUUUGUGCCUGGCUGAUAUUCAGUUGGAAAUCUGUUGUUUGCCUCAUCAAUGUAUGGCCACAAUAAAUUCCAGCCUCCGCUCUUGUUUGUGUUAUAAACUUAUAAUGUUGAUUGUUGUAUAUAUUUGUCAUAAACUCUCUCUUUUUUCUUGAGAAAUUAUGGCUGUCAUAAGGUUAGUAUUAGAUUCUGUUGUAAUAUCAUAUGAAAGCUACCAAUAUUUGUUGCAUCCAGUUCUAACAUUGUAUCACCGAACCUUCACUGUUUAGUGACUGCGAAGAAAUGAAAAAGAACCAGCAAACUUCAUUUUGA